GAUAAUCGCGCCUGCGCAGCACUGCACCUUCACCCUAUCUCCUAUCAAAACAGGGAAAAGAAAAAAAUGUACCACGUCGAACUCCUCCCAGGGUCCACGACCCACGCCACCCCGGGAUGGACCUACGUGCCCGAUCGGGGCUUCGAUCCAGCCAAAGCAGCCAUCACGCCCACCAUCGGCCGCAAACGCGGCAUCCGGGACCCCGGCCGAACAGACCUGUCGUCCAGACAAACCAACGCCAUCAUCCGCCAUCUGGCCGAGCUGGACCGGGAGAACCAUCGCGAUGUGCAGAUUCAGGUUCCGGUGCGGCAGAAGGAACCUGCUGCGCCACGAGGCACCCGAACAAAAGUAACCUCGAACGUGCGCCGGAUCCUGCAAUCCCAAAAAACCUUCCGGAACUACCUAGACGACGAAGAAGCCGCUCGCGCGCAACAAGCCACCGCAACCCCCACAAACGCAACCUCUUCCUCCUCCUCCGCAGCAGCGGCAGCCGGCGCUACGACCGGGGGAGGAACAUCAUCAGCAGCGGGGCAUAGAGGCAGCAUCCACAAGAUCACAAAAUCCACCGCGACCUCAACGCCCACGCCGCUCCGCCGAAGCUCCACACCCCUCACAUCAAAGGACACGUCCCGGUCACGAAAACAAUCGUCCGUACCGCCUCAAGCACAAGCACAGCCCGCCUCAACAACAGCCCCCGAACAAACCCCUUCCCCGAAGGAGGAAGAAGAAGAAGAAGAAGAAGAAGAAGAACAAGAACAAGAAGAAGAACAAGAACAAGAAACAAAUACAACAACCCUCAUCCGUUCAGAACACGACACCAACCCCUUACUCCGCACGUAUCUGCCUACCGCGCCCUCGGAGCGGAUCAUGCAGGCGCUGCUGGCUGAGCCGCCGCUCACGUAUAACGCGUCGCGCGCGGGAUCGCCCAUCGCGAGUCGGGCCACGAAGCGCCAUUUCUGCUGCAUGUGUGGGUAUUGGGGCAAGAUCCGGUGUAAGAAUUGUCAUGCGAGGACGUGUGGGUUGGCGUGUUAUAAGGUGCAUGAGGAUUCGAGGUGUGGGGCGUUCUUUUGAUAGGGGUUUUCGUUUAUGGGG